AUGGCUUUCUCCGCUAAAGAUCACAACCUAGUAGAUAAAGGCAGAGUCUCCACUUAUGGUGGCUCUACGCUGGAUUCUAGCCAUAAUCCAAGCAACAAUAUGUUUACAUAUGCUUCCUUCUUCAAAGAUAUUUACAACCAAAAGCGCACUCCAUUUGAAGUUGCUCCCUCCAUUGUUGAUAAUGGAUCAUCCCCAGGCAAGGCUCUCGACUUCACUUCCACCUUUGUUGAAGCGACCGACGACUUCUCGUUCAUCAUCGACUGCUCACAAUUCAUUGGCAUGGUGUUCAAGGAGAAGACACUACCCAGCUGCCUUCGUGCACAAUAUCCCAAAGGUCUUGGUAUUAGACAUCGUAUGGUUGGCAAGAACCAUAAAGUCAUUGAAAUGAACUUUUCCACUGAACAGGAUUGUAUGGAGGCCUUGGGGAAGGAGUUCGUCCUCCAUGGUAAAACUAUUCAGGUCAGCAAGGCUUUGGACAAGAAUGCCAACGUUGUUAGAGUUACUGUCUCGGCUAUCAGUUACAAGCCUGUAGAGUUUCUUAAACCUUUGUUAAUCCAGACAUUUGAACAAUAUGGUGAUAUUCUCAAUGUCGGUCUCUGUCACUCCAGGGAUGGUAAUUGGUUCACUGGUAGAGGUUUUGUUACACUUAAUAUGGAUAGAUCCAAGCAAUAUGAAGCUGAGGUGGCACCUCAGAUCCCGUUUGAAGAUUUUCCGGAGAAAAUCCGUUUGGCCGACUGUCCUCGAGCAAAGAAGAAGGUCUGUCAUAAAUGCGGUAAUCUCGAGCAUCUCAUUGCCCAGUAUCCCCGAGCUCAUUGGAAUCGAAAGAAGGACCAACCUACUCAGGAACGUCGUCGCAAUUCCGUUACUAAGGAGAGUAACCCUCCAUCAAAGCCUACAGGAAGAGAGGUCAACCUCUUAGAAUUGAUGAAUGUCAAGCAACCCAAAUAUCUUGCCAAGAAGAAGAAUACGGAUGUUGCCGAAGACGCUAUGGAAACCGACGAUGAAUCCACCAUUCCUGAACAAGAGACUCAGGAACCAGCUGACCCACUCCAUCAGGAGGCAGUAGCAUCAGUUGAUCCAGUUGAAUCUGUCGAGCCACAGACUGUAGCAUCACCUUCAGUUGCACCAACCACUGUCUUUGAUUCAACCUUAACUGUGGAAUCUCAUCAGGAUGACAACCUUGAUGACAAGGAACCAGCUCCUCCAGAUGCACAGGAGACCGUUCACUUCACCAGCGAGGAAUCAGAAUAUGAAGGAGGUGAUACAUCUGAAAGCUCUGUAGAAUACACCAAUUAUGGGAACAGAUACAAUCUUAGUAAGGGUAAGAAGAAGAGUUCUAAUGCUGUAGGUGACACAGCACAGGAGGCCUCUCAGAAGCGUUCUAUUAGGGAACUGGCAUCUACUCCGCCGGGAUCUGAUCAAGAGGGAUCUGCCAAAAAGGCUUUCAAACAACAAGAGGACAGCCAUAUGGAUGAGGCCGAGCAAGGCAACUCCUCCAUAAUCAAAGCACUAUAA